AUGAUUAGUCUUCAGUUUAUGUUUAUACAAUUAUUACUUCGAAUAGUUUCAAAACAGGCUGUAAUGCAACCGUUUGACGGCGUUGAUAAUGAUCAUAAUGAAAAAGUUGUUCAAUUCUGUAGUUGUUUUUUUUUGACUGAAAAUAUGGAAGAAAAUUUUCUGAAAUUGACGAAACGGCGUCCGCACUCAAAGGCUAAUCUUGUUGAAUUAUGGGGUGUACGAACACGAUUUUCUUGA